AUGUCUGAGCAACAAACUACGUCCGCUGAGAAUCAAAGUAGCAGCAGUACACCCGUUUCCCUGACUCUGUUGGAUCAAGAUGUUCUCGAAUUCCCUAUUUGCUGUGAGCCCCUGAAGAUUCCUAUAUUUCAGUGUGAAAAUGGCCAUCUAGCUUGUUCUCAUUGCUGCGAAAAAGUGAAGAAGAUUUGCCCGUCAUGUAAAUCACCGAAGGGGUACAAUCGUUGCAGAGCCAUGGAGAGAGUCAUUGAAGCAUGUAGAGUGCCAUGGCCAAAUGCCAAAUACUGGUGUAAAGAAAAUACCUCGUUUGGAAAUCGCUCAAGCCAUGAGAAGCAGUGUCUCUUCGCCCCUUGUUUCUGCCCCGUGCCUUUGAAUGACUGCAACUAUGUUGGCUCAGACAAGAAUCUCCGCAACCACAUUCGUUCUAAACACAAGGACCACGUGAUACCGAUUGUGUUGGAUACUCCUUUAACACUUGUCAUGGGCUCGAGCGAGAAGAUUGGCGCCUGUUUUCAAGAAAAGAAAUAUGGGGAGCUGUUUGUAGUUCAAGCUUUUCGCAAAUCGUAUGGUUUGGCUGUCAGCGUGAACUGCAUUGCACCAUUGGCACAUGGGCUCGGAAGAUUCUCUUGCUGUAUGGAUGUGAAAGCUGAACCUAAUAUCAAACUAAAGCAGGUAUUCAUGGUUAAGGAAGUCCAGAAAGUGAGUCAUGAAGAGCCCAAGGAUAGUUUUAUGUUGAUUCCCUCGCAUAUGUUAAUGCUUACUGACUGGAGCUUUGCUAUUGAUAUUUGUUUCAGCCGUGGCAUGGCCAGUUUUAUUCCUGCUUGA